UAACAUCAAGUUUUGCAUUAGAAAGUCCAAUUAGCAAGAAUUUAAAAUAGAAUAGAAAUGACGCUGUAACUCAUACGAGUUGAAACUGAAACGGCGUAAAACUUUAAUCUUACAUACAGCCAAAACAAUAACGAAGGAAGUAUAACAACGAAUAAUUUUCAAGGUUGUCGAAUCAUUUUGUCGCGCAGUGCAGUAUAGAAACUCGGAGUUUUACACAUUGUGAUCAUCAUUAAUUUAUGAAAAACACAAAAUAUAGUGUAAUUGAAAGCUGAAUUAAAUUUGUAAUGCUGAAAAACGGUAAUGAUGGCGGUGAGUUGGUAGAAGACAACGCUAAAAAUGGAAAUAGCGAGACUUUGAUCAUAAAUGAAAACCAAAAUGAUAUACAAAGUUUAAUUGAUAUAAAAGUGGGUUUCACACGGCAGAUCACACUGUUAGGAGCCAUCGGUCUUCUUGUAGGAACAGUGGUUGGUAGCGGAAUUUUUGUAUCACCUAGUGUAGUUGCAAAUUAUUCUGGCAGUUCAGGUUUAAUUCUUAUUGUUUGGGCAGGCAGUGGAGUACUUGCACUUUUUUCAGCUUUAUGUUAUGUAGAACUUGGUACAAUGUUUCCUACGUCAUCAGGCUCUGACUAUACUUUUGUAUAUGAAGGUUUUGGAGAUUUACCAGCAUUUGUAUCUGGGUUUACAAAUGUGGUAGUAUUAUCUCCAAUGGCAUUAGUUAUGGUGGCGUUAACAUGCGCAAGUUACAUUGUUUUAGCUGCAAAAAUAGAAGAAAAAUACAUCAAAAUAAUUGCUGCCGUAAUCAUAGGAGUAAUAUUCAUCUUGAACUGUGUUAGUGUUAACUUGGGAACAAUUGUUCAAGAGAUUUUCACAGUAAUAAAAAUAUUGGCAUUACUAAUGAUUGCAAUUACUGGUGUAGUGCGACUUUUUCAAGGUCAUUACCAAAAUUUCAGACAAAUUUUUAAAGGAUCAAAGACAAAUAUCUCAGAAAUUUGUUAUGCUUUUUAUGGUGGCUUUUGGGCUUACGGGGGCUAUAGUAGUUUACCAACAAUUGCAGCAGAACUUAAAAAUCCUAUUAGAGAUCUCCCACUAACUAUGUGGAUUGGAAUGAUAUUAGUUACAGUUUUCUAUCUUUCCGUUAAUGCGGCAUACUUAACAGUAAUGACUCCAUUAGAAAUUGCCACUUCAAAUGCAGUAGGAGUAACAUUUGGUAAUCACGUUUAUGGCCCUGCAGCUUUGGUUAUACCGGUGUUGGUGGCAUGUUCAUCAUUUGGUGCUUCAAAUGGAAGCUUGAUAUCUAGCAGCAGGAUGUUGAACGCAGUUGCCCAAAAAGGUCAUGUGCCAAAGUUUCUUUCCCUCAUACACAAAAAACGCCACACACCAUCUAUAUCUCUGUUUUUUAUAUGCAUUGUAUCAUUGAUUAUGCUGAUACCGGAGUCAUCUAAUUUUGAAAAUUUAUUAAAAUACAUUUCUUUUAUUAACGCGGCAUUAGUUGGUUUGACUAUAUCAGCUUUGUUAUGGUUGCGAUAUAAAAGACCAGAUAUAGAUAGACCUUUUAAAGUGUUCCUUGGAUUACCCAUUUUAGUGUUGUUAAGUUCAGCUUAUUUCACAGUAGCUCCAUUUUUUGAACAUCCAUUAAAAUCAACCUAUUGCCUAAUUGCGAUCCUUAUUACCAUUCCUAUAUACUACAUUUUCAUAAAAUACAAGAAAAUACCUAAGUUUGUAUCAAAUUGUUUUGGUAGUUUGGCGUCAAUGUUAGAAAAGUUAAACAUGGGCUAUCCAACAGAAGAGCUUAAAGAAAAUGUUUAUUUUAAAAGAAGUGCAAAGGAAGAGAUGAAUAUGCAACCAAAAAGUGAAGCUAAUUAUUUUUAACACUGUCAUGAACUAAUCGAGUUUCAGUAAUAAAAAUCGCCAGACAAUGAAAGAUUAUAAACAAAAUUUAAACAUUCCAAUAAUUUUUGACAUUUUGUUUUUUUCAUGUCAACAGAGCAUCACUUCCAUUUUAUGUUUAUCGCUUAUAUAAUAUUUGUGGAAUCAGGUGUAUGACAAUGUAAGGUUCAAAGUUUAUAUUUAAACGUUUAGAUUUGAAAAAUUUGGAUUGUCUUUUUUAUAUAUCAUGUUGAAAUUAUUUAUUUAC